GCUUGUCUCCCCACCCUAGGCUGGUCUCCCCCCAAGGCUGGUCUCCCCACCCUAGGCUGGUCUCCCCCCCAGACUGGUCUCCUCCCCCAGGCUGGUCUCACCUACAAGGCUGGUCUCCUCCCCCAGGCUGGUCUCCCCACCGGGCUGGUCUCCUCCCCCAGGCUGGUCUCCUCCCCCGCAGGCUGGUCUCCCCCGCAGGCUGGUCUCCUCCCCCGCAGGCUGGUCUCCUCCCCCAGGCUGGUCUCCUCCCCCAGGCUGGUCUCCCCCACAGGCUGGUCUCCCCACCAGGCUGGUCUCCCCCGCAGACUGGUCUCCCCAACAAGCUGGUCUCCCCACCAGGCUGGUCUCCCCCACAUGCUGGUCUCCUCCCACUGCCCUUGCCAGUCCCUCCCUCCUCAAGUGUGGGUGCCAAGGACGGACCCUGAUGAACACCUGCACAUCAGUUGCUGCCCCGGGUGCCAGGGUCCACAGGAAGCUGCACUGGGAACCCUGUGUCCUGGGCAGAUCCUAUGGGAAGUGCAGCCCACGUGUUACUCGGGUGAAGGCAGCGUCCCCACCCAGCUUGAGGACACCACACAGGGUGGACACCCUGGCUGGGCCGCUCAAUGGGGAGUGGCUUGGACGCCCCCCUUGGAGUACAGUCCCCACCUCCCAUACCUGCCUAAUGUCCUUGGCAUUCUUGGGCCCCGGUCAUAGUGUGGGAGUGGCUGCCUGUGCACGCCACGGGCCUCCAGCUUCACUGCCUCAACGGGGCCAUGAGCCAUCGUGGGGGCAGGCAGGGGUGCUGGGCACCUCAUCACUAGGGCAGUGACAUCACAAGGCGUGGAAGGCAGCGGUGGCUACGGAACUCCGUGCCUGGGCUGUUUCUGUGGUGCCUGCGGACUCUGGGCUCCCACCUCCAUGGGGCUGCAGGAGCCGUGAGGGACAAGGAGGGACGCACCCGCCAUGGCUGAGGGCGGCGAGCUGAUGAGCCGGCUCCUGAGCGAGAACGCGGACCUGAAGAAGCAGGUGCGCCUCCUGAAGGAGAAUCAGAUGCUGCGGCGGCUGCUCAGCCAGAGCUGCCAGGAGGGCAGCGGCCACGACUUGCUCCCACCCAGGGUGCAUGCCUACCCUGAGGCCGGCUCCCCCGGGAGCGGAGUUCCAGAUUUCGGAAGGUUCACGAGUGUUGCCGACAUGCCCUCCCAACUGCAGACAUCCUCCCUGGAGGACCUGCUGUGCUCACAUGCCCCCCUGUCCAGCGAGGACGACACCUCCCCGGGCUGUGCAGCCCCCUCCCAGGCACCCUUCAAGGCCUUCCUCAGUCCCCCAGAGCCGCAUAUCCACCGAGGCACCGACAGGAAGCUGUCCCCGCUCCUGAGCCCCUUGCAAGACUCACUGGUGGACAAGACCCUGCUGGAGCCCAGGGAGAUGGUCCGGCCUAAGAAGGUGUGUUUCUCGGAGAGCAGCCUGCCCACCGGGGACAGGACCAGGAGGAGCUACUACCUCAACGAGAUCCAGAGCUUCGCGGGCGCCGAGAAGGACGCGCGCGUGGUGGGCGAGAUCGCCUUCCAGCUGGACCGCCGCAUCCUGGCCUACGUGUUCCCGGGCGUGACGCGGCUCUACGGCUUCACGGUGGCCAACAUCCCCGAGAAGAUCAAGCAGACCUCCAUCAAGUCUCUGGACGGCUCAGUGGACGAGAAGAAGCUGCGCGAGCUGACGCAGCGCUACCUGGCCCUGAGCGCGCGCCUAGAGAAGCUGGGCUACAGCCGCGACGUGCACCCGGCGUUCAGCGAGUUCCUCAUCAACACCUACGGAAUCCUGAAGCAGCGGCCCGACCUGCGCGCCAAUCCCCUGCACAGCAGCCCGGCCGCGCUGCGCAAGCUGGUCAUCGACGUGGUGCCCCCCAAGUUCCUGGGCGACUCGCUGCUGCUGCUCAACUGCCUGUGCGAGCUCUCCAAGGAGGACAGCAAGCCGCUCUUCGCCUGGUGAGCCGCCCCGCGCCCGCCGCCUUGCCUGCAGUAAACGCGUUUGUUCCAACCCGGGGCCGCGGUGCCUCCUGCGCGUCCCUCCGGAGGGGAAAGGGCCGCUUCCCCCGCGCGCGAGGCCAGAGAAGGCCCCUCUCCCACCGGUGCUGGGCCCCGACCGCAGCCCGCCGCUGCCCGCACCUGCGGAGUGCUUGUCACCCCUCAUUAAAAUCAUCCGUUUGCUUG